UUUCCGCAAAAAUUGGGUUUUUUAAAGAUUUUAGAUAAAUUUCGUGAAAAAAUCGACGUUCACACGAUGUCGGAGGAUGAAAACUGGUCGGUAAGCUGUGUGGAAACCAACGAUUGGAUGCCGUCGCCCGAAGAACUGGAUGCCGCCUAUUCCGCGAUGGAAAACGGAAGUUACACGCUCGAGCUGAACUGGAAAAAUCCCGGCCGGCGCGCUCCGUCUCCCGUAAAAAAGGACGAACCGAAAAAGAACGAAGCUGCGGAAAAAGAAUCGUCUUCCAAAAAUAAGGAAUUCGAUUUCAUGGACGAUGUCGCGCCGGCACAGAUGCGAGUCCGCGGUCAAAAUAGUGGCCCGAAAGGAUCGGCCAAGAAGAAGACGACCAACUUUGCCGGAGUACUGGAUCAGAUGAAGAAACACGGUCGACUCACGCAACCGAAGGACAGUUCCGGGUCGUAGCAGGCCGAUCGCGAACAUGCGAGGCAGAGAAUCGAUUUAUUGCUGCCGUUUUGACCAAACACAACACCCCGGACGAACUCUAUUUAGAUGCUGGCACCGAUAAUCUGACCCGCACAUGCCACUGCCACCAUGUGGUCACGCCCGAUGUGACCAACACGCGCGUCAAUCAUCCUGGCAGGCAGAGGAGCACAGCGGGAAGGUCAAUAAGGGACAAAUUAAUAGAUCGAUCGACCGUUAAAACGACAGUAAACACUCUAUAAAUAGCGCCACGGUGAAGGUUUAACGCCUUCGGUUGCCACGGCUGCCAGCAAAACGUAUCCCGAGGAUUGCACUGCAUUGGCCGCAGUACACGCCAAGCAGGUGUUUUUCUAAUAAUUUAUACAAAUAGCAUGUAAGAAGUAGCGAGAUUUCUAGCAAGCGAUCUCCACUGCACUCGUUUGAGUGAACUUCACUGUAAUUAGUGUAAAAUGUGUACGAUAAUCUCUGUGAGAACGGAAAUAGACAGAAACUUUGUGGCAGAAUAAACAUGCAAACCACCACAAAUCGGUUACGUUUAAUCCACUGUUACAGUCUAAUGAUGUCCUGGGCGUUC